GCCUUCUCUCCGUUGCUAGGUCACAAGCGUCAACACAAAGCGAAUAGAAUGGCGACGAACUUUUCGGCAAACCAGUAUGAAAAUGCUUUCAGAUCACAGAAACUGCAGAACUGGACCAUACCCAAGCAAUUUAAAGAGAGACCCACGUUUGCGGAUGGUCACACAACGUUCAUUGCCACAGACCGGGGACAUCUUCUCCCAGGCGUGAAGCGUGCGACUCAUGCGAGCACGUUCGUUGGCACGUGGGACCUGCCACGUAAGAUCUCUCCCACCUACAUCAAUCCCACUGCCCGCUCACUGGAUGGUCAGGAACGACUCAGGUGCUGGAGCAUGAACCAAGGGCACAGCAAGAGAAGAAGCUUCAAGUGUCGUGAAGAGGCUCCAAAAUCACCGGAGAAUGCAGUAAAUGAUACCCUCCCCGACCAACCUGAGAGUCAGGAGAUCCCGGAGGUGUUGCCUCAGCUUGAAGCUGCCCCUACCUCACCAAGGCCAGUGUCCCAGCCAAGGUCCGCAUCUGCAAACCAGCAGGAGGAAAACCAGGAGCCACAGGCCUCCGACAACCUCUGCCCAGACGCUGAAUGAACAAAAGGAAAAAUUAUUUUGUCAUAUUUAGAUUAUCCUGUGCAGAGAUGUACCAUUAACCAACUAAUAGCAGACAUUUCCGAGCUUGGUAGUGUUUGUUGUAUUGUAAACUCUCACCUGAUGGAUGUCUUUUUGAAAAGAAAAAAAAAAGAAAAAGAAAAAAGCUGUCAUUCAUUUGCUAGCUAGAGGACCGGUUAGCUGGCCUGCUAGCCAAUUGAAAGCCUGUCCAUAUAUGCAGAAUACUUGUAUCAGAGAAUUAUGUUGCAAAUAAAGUUAGGUGUAUUGGGAAUUCAGUAGUUGUGAGUAUAUAAUCAUUUGCUCAAUUACAAUGAAACAUUGUAUUUCUAUAGCAAAUUCAUGUUGCUUUACAGUAAAGGGUGGGGGAACUCACCUCAACAGGGAGCCAUUUGGCAAGGGAAACAUUCAAAACCCAUCAGCUGAGCGGGAGGGAAUCAGGCCACUUAAACUGGGGGAGGAUUAGGUGGCUAGUUUAUGAAAGGCAGGCUGGGAAUUUUCUAGGCAGAGCCCAAUAAGUAGCACAAGAUCAUGAACAAUGAUCCUGAUCAGGAACACAGCGAGUCCUACACUGAACCCCAUCAGCACAUUGGGGCAUGCAAGCUUUUCACACAAAACAAAAAAGAUUAAGUUCAGUGAAAUUAUUAUUUUAUUCAGUUUUUUGAGAAUACAUUUCUUAGAGUUGUACUGACACUGAAUGUAAUUAUCAAUUAAUAUACAGGUACAAAUACGCACACUGCACACAGUCUCCCUCUUGGUCAAGAUCAAACCAAAAAAAUAUUAAAACUGAAAACCAUUUUAGUGAUUCAGUAAGGCCAAUAAUCUUGAAGGUGGCAUUUUGAUUAUUUACGGAAAAGUGUGCGGAACCGAAAGAGAUUACAUACUGGUUAUUUUCAUGUGGACUUGAUAUAAAAAUAA